UCAAGUUUUGCGGAAGUUGCUGAGGCUAAAAGAAACGAGGCUUGUUUCUACCUAUCCAUCUUCUUUUUGGUGUUACAACGUCCGAACCAGCAAACCAACAUGACUGAGGAAUUCAGACCGACAGAAAAACAGGUUCUCGAUGCCAAACAGGCAUUUACUAACUUCGACAAAAAGAAGGAAGGAACAGUGUCAUGUAAGGACCUCGGUUCCAUCUUCAAGUCCCUUGGGCUGGUGAUGAAAGAUGACAAGAUCAAGGAUUGGUCCGACGAGAUGGACGAAGAAGCAACUGGUAGGCUAAACUGCGAUCAAUGGAUGGAACUUUUCGUGAGGAAACUUAAGGAAGAUUUGGACGAGAGGGAACUAAAGGAAGCCUUCAGGGUACUCGAUAAGGAAAAGAAAGGAGUAAUCAAAGUGGACGUUUUAAGGUGGAUCCUUAGUAGUUUAGGAGAUGAACUAACAGAAGAUGAAAUAGAAAACAUGAUUGCUGAAACAGACACCGACGGAAGCGGAACUGUAGACUACGAAGAAUUCAAAGCUUUGAUGAUUGGUGCUUGAUUAGAGAACAUCAAGAAAGCGUGUCCAAUCAGAUUUAGUGUUGGUAGCAGACCCUUGGACGUGACACCACUGGGUACGGCUAUACUCACCCACGGAACGUUAAUCAUAACACGAUCUUAAUGCAUAAGGGAUUUUCAUCAGUAGUCAUUAACUCCGCAUCAACAGUAUACACGACUUCCUGUGUAUUACACGUCCUCUUGCCUGCUGUCACUCAAAGCACUCCAAUAACAGAACCGCCGGUCAGAUACACAAAGUCUCUUUGUAUAUCGUCACCCGGAGUUAACCCGACGUCACACUGUGACGUCAUCCUCUGACCGAGAGCAUUCCAGCCUUAAUACUUGUACUCACUGUUGUUGCUGGAGCUUGCACAAAGCAUCGGUAGCGAAUGCUUACUUAUAUCACUAGUCUCUGUUUGUGUCUAAAAGUAUAUGUCUGUUCCAUUUACAGAGUACCAUCGGAAAAGCACGAAAUUUUUAUAUACAUGUAUGUAUACACGCUCAUUUUUAUCCAAAUAUAUAAUUUUAUCAUAAUACAUAUAUUUUACAUGAAUUAUACCGAGUCUGUGCUUUCCCAUGAUGCUCAAGACAAAAUGGAUUCGGAUAUUGUAUUUGAAAUGAUAAUGAAAAUAAGCUGCAUAGAUAUAAAGUAUAUAUAUACACAUAUUUAUAGUGUUGUUCUAACCUCCCAACACUGACAGAUGUGCAUGAUCUCUUUGUUAAGUUCAUGAGCACUAAGAAAUUUUACUAAUGACACUUCUCUUGCCAAGUAGCCGCAAGUUUUGUAGAUUUUGCCUAUCAGACCAGGUCCCGAUGUAUCGACCACCAAACUCUCGUAUCCUUAGCCGCGUGGAUGAGGAAGACAAACGAUUGACGUGUUGUACAUUUUGAAGGAAUAUAUGAGUGACUGAAACUGUUAGCAUUUAUUGCCGGUGAAAAUUUUGGCAAUAAAGGUUUCUAUGUAAUGUACAUAUUAAAGAAAACAAAACGUA